AUGAAUCUUGCCGCAUCCAGUGAAUAUAUUGACAGCAGUGAAUAUGUUGACAGCAGUGAAUAUGUUGACAGCAGUGAAUAUGUUGACAGCAAUGAACAUGUCAAUGGCUUCCCUCAAUACAACCACGAUAGAGAUACCCAAAAGGCAGGGGACACGCCAUCCCGCCACGAGCUUCAAACCGAAAUCAUACACCUUUGGAAGGCCUUAUGGCAUGGUUUGUACGAGAUAGACGAUGGUGAUGGUGUCUACAGAAGACGCAUGCACUACGAGCGACUUGAGACCCUCUACCAGGGCACGGGUCUCUCCAUGUGGUGGUUCACGAUAGGAAACGUCAUUAAGCUUUCCGAAGGGAAUAUUGAGACUCUACUUUUGUUUAAUAAUACACCAAUUUCAGAUCUGAAGUCAGUGGUGGAAGUUUUGAAAGCAUAUGUGAGCGAGAUUGCGAAUCUAAAGCAGCUGUUCUCGAUUCUGGGCGAAGCGCAGUUGGAGUUGGGCCAGUUAUUGGUGCCGAAUGCUGAUGUCCAAGAGAUGAAAAAAAAGACGAGAAAGCGGUUUUUGGCGGUUGCUCAACCCAUGGAGCGACGGAUCAAAAAGUAUAAUGUGAGGAUGAAUGUUUUGACAAUGACCAUGUCAGAUGAGGCCAUAGCAUCAAGAAAUGAAGAUGUGGGAAAGUCCGUCUAUUCCAUUGUAUUCCCAUCAGAGGAUGCUGAAUACUAA